AUGCAGCGUCAAGCUCCCCAAAGAGAAAUCAGACGUGGCGGCGCACACUCGCGCCAAGGUGCCGGCGCGCUCCUUUGUGGCGGUCGGUCGGCCAUCCACCGCUGCAACCGGCGAACUGGCGGGGCGCGGGGCGUAGACUGCCCUGGCGCGGCUGCAGCUUGCCGCCUCCCCCGGCACCGGUCGGGAGCACCGCUCCUUCCAGUGGGCGACCGCGACAUUGCAGAGAUGCGUUCGUCGCUGCUGCGCGGGGCGGCGAAGCGGCAAGUUCCCGCGCCCCUCCGAUGCGGUCCGUUUCGGCGUCCGGAGCGGCGGGCCUUUGGCCACCGCAUGCGGCACAGUGCGCUUCACUGCUCCGCGGACUACGGCUGCAAACUGCCGAAUGCCGCCGUGGAUAUUUACGAAUGA